AUGAAGUAGUAAACUUAAACUCACUAACACAAGGAUGAUGAUUAUUUUAUAAAGCAAUCUGAGCAAAGGUUAAAUUAAAUACACUAUAUAAUGACGACUAUUGAAAACAAGGAGAAGUAUGCUAGGGGAAAGGGUCGUGAUCUAACUUCAUUAAAAAAAAGAAAAAAAGCAUUUUAAUCACUGGAAUAAAAAUUUAAGGAGCAUGAAAAAACUUUCAAAUCCAGAUUCAUAAAUGAUGGGUCCUAAUCGAAUAGAAAAUUUAAUCACAUUUUGACAGAAGCAAGUUCUUUUUGCCAAGAAAUUAUACCAAACAUCUCAAGAAUAAAGACAGUAGAUUAGCAUAGAGGUUUGGAUUUCUUGGCCAUAAAGAAAAACUAUAAGGAAUAAAGCGAAUUAAAUGUAGAAGCAUGGCAAACAGAUUAAAGAUACCUUAAAAUAAAGGAGGAAUUAAUAUAAAUGUAAUAGGAUGCAAAAUUGCCUGACUAUUGCAAAUUCUGUCUUAUAAAUAAUAAGGAAACGCUCAAGAGAAUGAAUAGAUCAAAUUAAGAAGUUAAAGAAACACGUUUGCUCUUUAAUAUGAAGGAUAAGUUUCCUCCAGAAAAAUUGAAAGUUUAUAUGGAAAAAAUCUUAAGGAAAUACCAAAGAUUAAAACAAAAUUAGGUACUUGUUCCAAAUGGAGUUGGAUGGAAAUUAUUAACUAUAAAGUCAAAAAUACCUCAAAAUGAAGAUGAUGUUUUGAUUAAAGAACAUCUGCUAGAGAGAAAAUAGCCUUCGAGAAAAACAUAGUUGUUAAAAGCUAAAAUUUAAUUCGUAAAAUAGUUGAACGACGAGAAAAAAAGAAUGGCCGUUUAUGAGGAAAGUGUAUCAUAGAAUUAGGCCAUCUAAUAAUUCAAGAAAAGAGUUUUUAAUAAUAAUAGUGAACCUAAUUUAGGAAUUCAAUAGUAAAAAGAAUAUAUACAAACUGAAUUCGAGGAAUACAAAAAGCGAUUAGAAAAAUUUAAAGAAACAGCGAAAAAUGAUCUUUAUUAGUUAUCUCAUCUUCAUAAGAAAAAUUAUGGGAUGAAUCUUGAGUCUCGUGUUAUGUCAUCUUGA